AUGGACGUUCAACAGGCUCGCUUACUUCUUUUAAAUGUACUCGCGUGGAUAUUGCUGUUUGUCGCCUUAAAUCGACCACCACCUGAACAAGCUUUGUCUCCUUUGCAGCAUCGACUUUUUGAGAAUUUUCACGGGGAAACAUUUCACGGUAGAGAUGUGUUCUCUUUGAUAUCAAGGCAAGCGCAUCUGUUUUGGCGGAAUACUGGUGAGACACCUGUGUCGUUUCUGAAACUCGCCAACGAUAUACUCCCAACCUUACAAAACUUACGAUUAGAUGGACAACGUCAACGCCAGCGGCGGAUGAAAAUAAACAUUAUCAACCAGGCUUUGCUUGUGAUGAUGUGGUUACGUAAAUAUUCUCACAUUGACACUUUAGCGCUCUGGUUUGACUUGGAUCCAACCUCUGUUAUCCGCAUUAUUUACAGGACGCUACCAGUAAUGUGGAGAUAUUUCCAAAACCAAAUUACCUGGCCCAAUAUAGCAGAAUGGAGGAAUCUUAUUGGAAACUGGCCAGAAUUACCUAACUCUGUAGGGGCUAUAGACGUAACCCCACAUGAGAUAUAUUGCCCUCUGUCAGAGCCACAGCGUCCAUUUUAUAGUGGUCAUAGACACUAUCAUUGUCUAAACACUCAAUUGGUAAUGGAUAACGAGGGUCACAUUCGAUUUUUACAUGCCGGUUUCUUAGGUUCUACCCAUGAUUCGACCUCGUACAAGUUAAUGCAGCCUAUAGGACCCGGUUUACCCCUGGAUCUACCCGCAGGUGUUAAUCUGUUGGCUGACCAAGGUUACCCCGAUGGAGGAGCUUUAAUGACACCUGUACGUGCAAGACAGAUGCCUAAAGAGAUGAAAACUUUUAAAGCUGCCUCUAAUAUAUGGAGACAUCCACGUUGGUUACAACCUGUUUGUGUUGAGUUAGCGACUUUUUUAUCAGAAAGACGCAUCCGUUUAUUUAAAAGACUACGAUAA